AUGCAGCGCAGUGUGACUCCCAGACCCUGCAACGAUGACGAGCCACGACGCCGAAAAACGCCUCCCACCUGUCCCCUAUCCCCGCCCACUUCGGCCUCUCACCUGUCUCCUAUCCCCGCCCACUUCGGCCUCUCACCUGUCCCCGCCCACUUUGGCCUCCCACCUGUCUCCUAUCCCCGCCCACUUCUGCCUCUCACCUGUCCCCUAUCCCCGCCCACUUCGGCCUCUCAUCUGUCCCUUAACCCCGCCCACUUCGGCCUCCCACCUAUCUCCUGUCCCCGCCCACUUCUGCCUCCCACCUGUUCCCUCCCACUUCGGCCUCUCACCUGUCCCCUAACCCCGCCCACUUCUGCCUCCUACCUGUCCCCGCCCACUUUGGCCUCUCACCUGUCUCCUGUCCCCGCCCACUUUGGCCUCUCACCUGUCUCCUGUCCCCGCUCACUUCUGCCUCCCACCUAUCCCCUGACCCGGCCCACUUCUGCCUCCCACCUGUCCCCUGUCCCCGCCCACUUCUGCUUCCCACCUGUCCCCGCCCACUUCUGCCUCCCACCUGUCCCCACCCACUUCUGCCUCCCACCUGUCCCCUGUCCCCGCCCACUUCGGCUUCUCACCUCCCACCUGUCCCCGUCCACUUCUGCCUCCCACCUAUCCCCUGUCUACGCCCACUUCUGCCUCCCACCUGUCUCCUGUCCCCGCCCACUUCUGCCUCCCACCUAUCUCCUGUCCCCACCCACUUCUGCCUCCCACCUGUCUCCUGUCCCCGCCCAUUUCUGCCUCCCACCUGUCUCCUGA